CUGAACAGGCAGAGCAAACAGAACAAACUCAGACUUCAGUUGCUGAGACUGCAACCAAUGGGACGAACCAAUGUCACCCUGCAUUCUGAGUUCAUCAUCAUGGGAUUGCCAGGCCUGCAGGAGCACAACUCUGCUCUCUUCAUCUUCUUCCUCAUCCUCCUCCUGGCCACCUUCCUGGGUAAUCUACUCAUCAUGGUGUUAAUUUCCCUAGAUCAUCGACUCCACACACCCAUGUACUUCUUCCUCUGGAACUUGGCUGUCUUAGGUGUACUAACAGUAGUUACUCUCCUACCUAAGUUGUUAGUAGUUCUUUCGAGUCAUGAUAAGACCAUAUCCUUUUCAGGUUGUUUUGCACAAAUAUAUUUUUUUACUACAUUUGCAGUUGUUGAAGUAUUCCUUCUUGCAGUCAUGGCUUAUGACCGUUAUGUUGCUAUAGUGAAACCUCUACAUUAUAAUAACAUCAUGAGCAGUAAGGUCUGUAUUACAAUGAUGUCCUCAGUCUGGUUUAUGGGAUUCAUCAUUCCCUUAACAUCUGUCGUACUGGCAAGCACUUUGCCAUUUUGUAGCUCAAACCUCAUCCUGCACAUUGUUUGUGACUACCCCACUGUAAUGUCUUUAGCUUGUGGUGAUGUCACAGCACAGUUGAACCUUGCUUUGAGUCUUGCCAUGGUUGUAGUUUACAUUCCUGUUCCAUUUGUCCUGUGGUCUUACUUCAGAAUUGUAUGGUUAGUGGUAAAGAUGAAAACUGUGGAGAGCCGUAAGAAGGCCUUCUCAAUGUGCUCUUCACACAUAGUUUUGGUCUUCCUGUACUAUGCUUCUGGUACUCUGGUGUAUAUUGGAUUAAGAGUGAAAAGUAUUCCUCCUGAUGGGCACAUCGUCAUUGGUGCAGUGUACUAUUUUCUCACUCCAUUGGUUAACCCUAUUAUUUACAGCUUAAGGAAUGAAAAUAUCAAGGCAGCUGCUCACAGAUACUUGAGGAUAUAG